UGAAUCGAACAACGGUGAUAAUGAGGAUGAAGAUGAAUUUGAUUCAUUUAUUCUUAAUAAUUUUAACCCGUUCUCAGGAUCAGAAGAUGUAAUCGAUUGGUUAGAUAAUAUCGAUAAAAAAUUUAAUUUACAUAAAAUUUCACGUAACCUUCGUUAUAUUGCUAUACCUUUACUUGUUGAAGGAGAUGCUAAAAGAAAACAUAUUCGAAAUAGAAAUAAUAUAAAAUCAUUCGACGAUUUUUAUGAAUUUCUCUUGAUUAAUUAUGAUGUAAUUGAACAUAAUACACGUCGUUUUCAAACUAAUCCAUCAUUAAUUUUGAGAAAAUGA